ACAUUAAUCCUCUUCUCCAGUUCAUAGAGUAGUGCUUGUCAUUCAUUCUGGUCUUUGGGAAGCAUGCGGCGUAGUCGCUUCUGCCAACGCUUGCGGCGUGGUUAAGGAGAAGUCAUGUAGGUGACUAGGGAAGAACCCGAGGAGACCGUUGAUUACCACAAAUCCGCAAAGAUGUUAUCGAAAAUCAGAACCUUUGUCUUGUUCGCAUGCGUGCAAGCAUGCACAGCCAACCUUAUCUCACAAGAAGGCCCUUUUGGCAUCACGAUGCACCCGACGUCUAUAACAGCCUCCAGAGUAAACUCAUCGGGUCUUAUCGAGGUGUACACCUGCAAGCCCAGCCCUGGCUACGUGCAGUACUUAGAAGCCGCCGCGCGUUGUUUUGGCCCGCAGGACACGAACGACAUAUACCCAGACGCAGAUACUAUAUCCAUGUUCCGCAAUGCUUUCGCACCUGUCACGGAAGACCUGAUUCGAACUCUCGGUCACCCGCCCAAGUGCUUUGCGUUGCUUCAUCCUGCGACGUUUAACAUUGCCCUCCAAGCGCGCUGCCUGGGUAGUGUUAUCUCCUCCGCUUGAUGAUAAUGUUGAAGCAUUCAGACGGGCGGUCAGAGCACAAGCAGCUUGCGAGACCUAUGACCUAUUCUGCCGAUGCGAUCUCAUCGGUCGAGCAACUCAG